CCAUAUGCUUGUUCUACACAAGCAAUUGAAUCUCUUCUUUUUACCCUCUCUCUCUCUCUCUCUCUCUCUCUCUCUCACAGAAGUUUCUUUUCACUUUUGUCUAUAUAAACCAAAUUUCUCACCUGCUACACAUUAGAUACCAGUACAGUUUUCCAAGAUUAAUUAGAAACAAUGAAAACUUUCCUCUUCUUUCUAUUGCUUUUUAGUAUCUCAUCAGCUAAUUUCACACCAAGAUUCCCUUCUCCAAGCAUUCAAUCACAGAAAACCUCUCUUUCUUCUUCUACCUCAAAUGGGCUUUACAAAGAAAAAUUCUUUACUCAAGUUCUUGAUCACUUCAAUUUCAACCCAGAAAGCUACCAUACUUUUCAAGAAAGAUAUUUGAUUAAUGACACAUUUUGGGGAGGCCCAAAAAAGAAUGCUCCAAUCUUUUUGUACACAGGAAAUGAAGGAGACAUUGAAUGGUUUGCUCAAAAUACUGGGUUUAUGUUUGAUAUUGCUCCUCAUUUCAAUGCCCUUCUCGUUUUUAUUGAGCAUAGGUUCUAUGGAAAAUCUAUACCUUUUGGAGGAGAUAAAAAAGUUGCUUACAGCAAUGCAAGUACUCUUGGUUAUCUGACUUCAACUCAAGCACUAGCUGAUUAUGCAACCCUAAUGACUGAUUUAAAGAAUAAUUUGUCUGCAACUGAGUCUCCUGUGGUGGUUUUCGGAGGUUCCUAUGGAGGAAUGUUAGCAGCUUGGUUUAGGUUAAAAUAUCCUCAUAUUACUAUUGGAGCUUUGGCAUCUUCUGCUCCAAUUCUUGGCUUUGUGAAUAUCACUUCUCCAUACAGCUUCAAUAGUAUUAUUACUAAUGACUUUAGGAAUGAGAGCGAGAACUGCUACAAAGUAAUAAAAGGAUCAUGGCAAAAAAUUGAAGACACAGCAAGCCAACCUGGAGGACUUGAAAAGCUCAGAAAAGCUUUUAAAAUAUGCAAGAAUUAUAUUAGUGCAGGAUCUUUGGAGAGUUGGCUUUACACUGCAUGGACCUACACAGCCAUGACAGAUUAUCCAACUUCGUCUAAUUUUCUAAAUCCUUUGCCACCUCAUCCAGUCAAACAGAUGUGCAAAGCGAUUGAUGAUCCAACGACUGGAAAUGAUACGUUCGCGAAGUUAUACGGUGCGGCUAGUGUCUACUAUAACCACAGUGGAACUGCUACGUGUUUCGAUCUUGACAAUAAUUCAGAUCCUCACGGCCUUGGUGGAUGGUCAUGGCAGGCAUGCACAGAGAUGAUACUGCCAACAGGAGGCAACAAUAAGGAGAGCAUGUUUCCAGCUUCCUCGUGGAGCCUCAAUGAUAGGGCCACUUACUGCCAAUAUGCCUUUCACAUUCAGCCCAGACCCAAUUGGGUACCUAUUGAGUUUGGUGGACAUAAUAUCAAAAGGGUCUUGAAAAGAUUUGGAAGUAAUAUUAUCUUCUUUAAUGGCUUAAGAGACCCUUGGAGUGGUGGAGGGGUUCUAGAGGAUAUAUCAAAGAGUAUAAUCGCUAUAGUAGCGAAAAAAGGGGCUCAUCAUGUAGACUUGAGAUAUGCAAGUAGUGAAGAUCCAAAAUGGCUUCAACACGUGAGGAAAAGAGAGAUCAAGAUCAUUGCAAAGUGGCUCUCAGAAUACUACCUGGAUCUUGCCCAUACAUCUUACUAAAGUUUAAAUUAAAGCCCGGAGUUUUUUUUUUUCUUUUGGAUUUGGAAAGGUUUGAAAAAAAACAAAGAUUAAUAAUGUUGCAAAAAGAAAAAGAAAAGAAAAAAUUAGUUCAAAAUUCACAAUUGGGGAAAGGAAGAAGUGUAAUUCAACUGGAUUAAACUUAAUCUAGUGGUCUAGGCCCAUUUACUUUGCUAAAGGUAAUGACUUUUUUGAGUUCAAGAAAAUUCAACAUGGGUUUCAGUUUUGGCACGCGGCCCAUUUUAGUAUUUCUCCUUUUUUCUUUAUUGUAGAUAAUCUUACAAAAAA